UACGCUGAGUUUUAUCCUUCCUCAUACGGAGACGGAUUCUAUAAGACGCAAAGACGAGGAACGAGACGGGAAUUAAUGAAGAUCCCACACCAAAGGAUCAUCGGGGACUAGAAAUAAAAGAAACUUGUGAUGUUGAGAAAGGGGGAAUGGGUUUGGGUGGACUCGAGCAUAGGGGUGCCCAUCGGAGCAAGGGUCAAAGUAACACCGUCGGGUCAGCGGUUGCUGGUGGACGAUGAGGGAAAGGAGCGCAGGUUGUCACCGGAGCAGGAAGCCUCCCUCAAGAUCAUGCACCCUACAUCGGUGGAGGGGGUCGACGACAUGAUCAAACUCGGGGACAUGACGGAGGCCGGUCUCCUCAGAAACCUCCUGCUCAGACACAGACAAGACAUCAUCUAUACCUACACGGGAUCGGUGCUGGUGGCCGUGAAUCCAUACAAAGAUUUUCCAAUAUACACAGAAGAGCAGGUGACGUUAUACCAUAAGCGAAAACUGGGAGAGCUCCCGCCUCACAUCUUUGCCAUCGCUGAGGCCUGCUACUUUAACAUGACUCGCCAUCAAAGAAACCAGUGCUGCAUCAUCAGUGGGGAGUCUGGAGCAGGGAAGACUGAGAGCACUAAACUGAUCCUGCAGUACCUGGCAGCCGUCAGCGGUGAGCUCUCUGAGCAGCGGAUUGAAAAGCAGAUCCUGGAGUCCAACCCGAUUCUAGAAGCUUUUGGAAACGCUAAAACAAUCCGCAAUGACAACUCCAGCCGCUUUGGGAAAUAUUUGGAAAUCUUCUUCAACAAGGAUGGAGUGAUUGAGGGUGCACGCGUGGAGCAGUAUCUUCUGGAAAAGUCUCGUGUCUGUCAUCAGGCUCUGGAGGAGCGAAAUUACCACAUAUUUUACUGCCUGCUGGCAGGAAUCUCAGCAGAGGAGAAAAAACGCCUGAGCCUUGGGAAUGCUAAGGAAUACAAAUUCCUUACCAAGGGCAACUGUAUUGCUUGUGGAGGACGAGACGAUGCUAAAGACUACAGUCGUAUUAAUUCCGCCCUAAAAACGCUGAAUUUCUCAGGAAAAGACUGUCAUGAAAUCUUCAAGCUCCUGGCAGCCCUGCUACACCUGGGAAACGUCUGCUUUGAGGCCAACACUCAAAAUAACAUGGAAUCCAGUGAUGUCAGCAAAUCAGAACAUUUCAAUGUGGCGGCAUCACUACUGGAGGUGGAGAAGCCCACCCUGGCGACCAAUCUGACUCAUCGAUCCUUUAAGACCAACCGAGAAAUGGUGACUAAACCCCUGAGCUGUGAACAGGCAGCUGACUGCAGAGACGCCUUUGUGAAGGCGAUCUACAAUAAGCUGUUCAUAUGGAUUGUUAAGAAAAUCAACAGUGUCAUCUACAAGAAGCUGACCAGCAACUCCAAAUCAGCCUACCUGUCCGUCGGCCUGCUUGACAUCUUUGGCUUCGAGAACUUCAACACUAACAGUUUUGAGCAGCUUUGCAUUAACUUUGCCAACGAGAAGCUGCAGCAGUUCUUCGUGGCCCACAUCUUCAAGCUCGAGCAGAAGGAGUACCUGAAGCAGGGCGUCGUGUGGGAUAACAUCAACUUUAGCGACAAUCAGAAGAUUCUCGACCUUCUAGCUGGAAUACAAUGUAACGUGCUGGCUCUCGUCGAUGAGGAGAGCCAUUUUCCAAAGGGUACAGACGCUACGAUGCUAGAGAAGUUGAACCAGCACCACAAAGGAAACAAGAACUACAUCGCCUCCAGGAGUGAACGCGACACAAAGUUUGGGAUUUGUCACUUCGCUGGCCUGGUUCAGUACGACUCCAAUGGCUUCUUGGAAAAGAACAGGGAUGCUGUCAGUUCUGACAUCAUGAAGAUGCUUGACAUGUCUGCCAAUAAGCUACUGCGUGACAUAUUUGACUCUGAACUGUCAACCAAUGGGAUUAAGGCUGUUAAAAAUAAGAAGUUCAUCAUGACCCCAAGCAACUCUCUGCGGGGAUUGGCUGACACUCGCAAACAAGUGCCGACGCUGAGCGGCCAGUUCCGGCAGUCUCUGGACUCCCUCAUGAAGGCUCUGUCUGCCUGCCAGCCUUUCUUCAUCCGCUGUUUCAAACCCAACAACGACAAGCAGUCUGAGGUGUUUGACAGAGAGCUGUGUAUGCGUCAGCUCAGAUACUCCGGCAUGAUCGACACCAUCCGUAUCCGGAAGCUGGGAUUUCCCAUUCGACACACCUUCGACGACUUCUUAAAGCGCUACAGGGUGCUCCUGAAGACGAACAUCUGCGACCCCAAUACCGAGUCUGCUCUGACCUGUUGUAAAGCCAUCUGUGAGGCGCUGAUCGAAAGGGAGGGCGAAUGGAAAAUAGGCAAUACCAAAGUUUUCCUAAAGGAUGCCCACGAUUCUAUUCUUGAAAAGCGGAGGGAACAAGAGCUCAGCAGGGUAGCUGUGGUGAUCCAGAGAGUCAUGCUUGGACAGAAAGACAGAAAGUCUUUUCUGAGGAAGCGUUCGGCAGCCGUGGUGCUACAGCGGUCCUGGAGAGCCUACAUGAAAACAAAGGUUCAGCGCGGCUUUGAGCGGCUGGCAGCACUGAUCCGUAGCCGGCAACUCCAGGCAAAGUACCAAAAGCAGCGAGAAGCGGCAGUCGUCAUACAAGCACAGGUACGAGGUUAUGUGGCAAGGAAGGACUUGAAGAAAAAGAGAGAAGCAGUCACACGGCUGCAGGCGCAAAGGCGAGGAGUGCUGGCCAGAAGGGAAGUUGAGUCCAUGAGGGACACGGCUUUACUUUUAGACAUGGAGAAGGAGAACCAAGACCAGGUUGCCUUGGAGCUUCAAGAGCGGCUGGAGGAGGUUGUUCGCUCACAGAUACUGUACGAGGAAAUCAAGUCAGUGUCAGAGCACGAUUCAGACGACUAUGACCUUCCCGUCACGCCUUCAGUCAAUGUAGCAGACGAAGAAAUCUCAGAAUCUGAGACGAGUCACAGCAGUCCAGAGCCUGUAAAGAAAAACUCUGAGCUCUUGAAGACAGAGUUGAUAGUCACCCCACCGUCAAACUCGAUAAGCCCAACCCCUUCGGUGGAUGAACAUGAUGAGGAGGAGGAGGAGAACGAUGACUUUGAGGACGACGGUGAUGAGUAUUCAUUCUACAGGUUCAGCCAGCGUUACUUCCAGGGCAACGCCAGCCACACGCACCUACCCUACCGACUCAAGAAGUCUCUUCUGCAUCACGACGAUGAGGGUGACGCACUGGCAUGUCUGACUAUAUGGUGGAUCAUUUUGCGCUUCAUGGGGGAUAUACCAGAACCUAAAGCCUCAGAUGCCAUAUCAGUGGCAUCAAGCAACACACCCCAGGCUCCGCCCAGCAGGCAGGGCAGGAGGCUGAGCAACUUGGUGGGACUGGACCAGAAAAUCCUGAGGAAGAACAAGAAAAAGUUUGACAGAAACAGAAGAGCCUCUUCUAUCCCCGAGGAGCCAGAAAACUUGAUAGAAGAAGAGGAUGUUAUGAUUGGAGAGGGUACCACGCUGCAAAGGCCACUUUCAGACUUGGAAAAAAUUCACAUCAUCAUCGGCUAUGCUCUGUCAAAACACGGCAUAUGGGAUGAGAUCUAUUGUCAGAUCUGUAAGCAGCUGGUGAAAAACAGUGACAGGAGGAGUCGUAUGCAAGGAUGGAUUCUCCUCUCCAUCUGUCUGGGGAUUUUCCCUCCAACAGACCUCUUCAGGAAGUAUUUAGAGAACUUUCUCCGCAGAGGGCCAUAUGAUUACAGGGGGUAUUGCACUGAGCGCCUGAAACGUAUCGUAGCCAAUGGACAAAGAAAAGAGUUGCCCUGCUGGAUAGAGCUACAGGCUGCCAGGACCAGGAAACCCAUUGAAACGACUGUGGCAAUACAGGAUGGUCGAAAUAUUGAAAUACAACUGGACUCGUCCUCCACAUCUGAGGAAGUCUGCCAAGAUGUGGCCAACGACAUCGGUCUCAAAGACACCUACGGAUUCUCCCUGUACAUUAGCCUCUAUGACAAGAUGUGGUCUCUGGGGAACUCUGGGGCACACGUGCUGGAUGCAAUAUCUCAGUGUGAGGAAGAGAUGAGGAGGCAAGGCAGACUGGAGAAGGAUGCCCCAUGGUCGCUGUCCCUCCGCAAGGAACUGUUCACACCCUGGCAUGAAUGUAGACUAGAUGAAGUCAGCACAGAUCUUAUCUACAGGCAGAUCAUCAAAGGAAUCAAGGCAGCAGAGUACGUUGCAGAUAAGGAUGAUGAUUAUAUCCAGCUGGCAAUAAUGCACUAUUACAUCAAGUUUGGCUCAGAGUAUAGCGUUGAGAACUUCACCAGGGUGGUUGAUGAGUGCAUCACCACCCAGCUUAUCGAAAGCAAGUCUAAAACAAGAUGGACCCAGUUCAUCAGCUCAGCACACAAAGAGGGUCCUUAUGUCAGUGGGAGGCAAAACUCGGAUGAGGUCAAAGGAGAACUGGUGGACAUCGCACGCAAGAAGUGGGCAAUCCACUUUUCCAAGUUUUUUGAAGUCACAAUGAUGUCAGGACCACCUUUGCCCAAAAGCAGAUUUAUUGUGGCUGUAAACUGGACUGGCAUCUUCUUCAUGGACGAGAGAAAUAGGCAACUUCAUGAAAUUCCUUACAUAGCAGUUAGGAAAGUCCAGGAGAAGAGUGACAGUGCCCAGACCAUUAGCUUGAUCACGAUCACAGGAGAGUAUGUCCUGAAGUCUGCGGAAGCUGAGAAAAUGGCAGCACUGAUAGAAAACAAUGUGGAAGGGCUGAGACAGCGCUCAGUGUUUGCAACCGCUCAGCAGGACUCUAGCAAAUCAGAUGACCCGCUGUUCCUGGUUUGUAAGCGAGGUGACCUCCUGCAGGUAGACAAAGAAAAAAGUGCCCCUAAUGAGAGCUGUUUCAUCGCCGCCAACAAGCGCACCGGCAGCUCUGGUGCAGUCUAUAAAAAAAUAUUGCUGUUCCUGCCAACUCUUACCGAGCCCACUAGUGAAAUGCUGGAACUACUUGAUCCAAAGCAGGAUAGGAGGAGAGCUUCACUAAUCCCUAACCCUGUUCAAGGAGAAGAAACAGUGGCCCCUGUCUCUUUGAAAGAGUUUGCCCUUGAGAAUUUCAGAUCUGUGGGUGGCGGUCGGCAAGGAUACAAAGGAGGCAACAGGGAGAAACUGUGGGUCAUUUCCAGAGAGCCUCUCAAGCAACCACUCCUUAAGGUGCUGGUCAACAACUCUGAGCUCAGCAACCUGGCCUGCAGUGCCUUCACUGCCAUCCUGAAGUACAUGGGCGACUAUCCCAUCAAACAUGUCCGCAGUCCCGUAGAGCUGACCGACCAGAUCUUUGGUCCAGCCACAAAGCAUGAAGAACUGCGCGAUGAAAUUUACUGCCAGAUCAUGAGACAGAUGACCGCCAACAGCAACAGUUUGAGUAUGGAGCGUGGGUGGCAGCUGAUGUGGCUGUGUUCAGGCUUGUUCCCGCCCAGCUAUGAUUUAUUGAAAUACACACAGCGCUUCCUGGAGUCGCGGCCCAGAUACCCACUGGCUGCUCUCUGCCUGGAGAGGCUGCAGGAGAUCUGCAGUAAGAAGCCCAGGAAUCUUCCUCCCCAUUUCGUAGAAGUGGACGCCAUCCAACAGAACAGCCCUAAGAUCUUCCAGAAAGUCCACUUCCCAGAUGAUACAACUGAUAUAGUCGAGGUGACAUCAACAACCACAAUUGCAGACAUGUGCAUCAGCAUCGCCUCUCAGCUCAUUCUGAACUCACCUGAAGGAUACGGCCUGUACCUGAAAACGCUAACCAAGACGGUGAGCAUGGAAGAGGAUAAAUAUUUCUUUGACAGUCUAAAGAUAACCUCAGACGUCCCCAAAAAAAAGAAAAAGGGAAAAGAAGUCACUCAGGCCAAUUUACCUUCCUUGGUGCUCUUUAAGAGGAAGCUCUGGUUCAAUGUGAACCCGGGGAAAGAUGUGAAAGCAGAUCUCACUUUCCAUUUCCCACAGGAACGAUCAAGGUACCUGCGGGGAUACCACGACUGCACCAAAGAAGACAUGAUUACCCUAGGUGGGCUCCUAUUCAGAGUUAAAGUAGAGUCAGACAUGUCACAGUUCGUCAUGAUCCCCAAAAUGCUGAAGGACCUGGUUCCUGCUGACCAGCAAAAAAUCAUGUCCCCUGAUGAAUGGAAGAAGAACAUCAUCUCCUCAUACAAGCAGCAGAGUGGCAUCACAGUAGACGAAGCCAAAAUCGACUUCCUGAAAAUCAUUUCAAUUUGGCCAACCUUUGGCUGUACCUUCUUUGAAGUUAAACAAACAUGUGAAUCUAGCUACCCAGCUAUACUUCUGAUCGGCAUCAACAAGCAAGGGGUUCGCUUAAUAGACCCAGAAACAAAGGAAAUCCUGAUAAUGCACGAGUUCAGCCGCAUAACAGAGUACUUCAGCAAAGGCAACUCCUUCCAGAUGACCAUCGGCACCCUGUUCAGGGGCGUCACCUUCGUCUGUGAAACCCCAAAUGCCCACACGAUCGAAGACCUCCUCAGAUCCUACGUCAGCAUGUAUGAAAAGGCAAGGCAGGCCCCCCUUAAUCACAGGAAGAGUAUAUUUUCUUAAGGUUUCACUGACGAAAGUAUAGACUUACCCUUUGUGGAUUAUAUGUACUCCUGCCGAAUGUCUCUAUAGGAAUGUAUUUGUAUCCUUAAAAAUACAAACUCAUCAAUUUGUACAUUUAGAUUUUAGCAUUUACAAUUCUUUCUAAUGAACAAGCAUUCAAACUGUAAUAUUUCCGUCGUUAUCGCCUUAAAUGCAUUAAAUUUCUGUUUUCUGAAGAAACGGUUGCAUGUCCACGACUUCCUCUGACAUUCAUGUAACUGUCAUGGCAUUAAACUAUGAUGUCCAACUGUG